UUUAAUGACCAGGGAUUAUUUGAAGCAACCCGACCAUAUUUUUCUAAAUUUUUAUUUUAAAUUGACUCUUCUUCCUUUCACCUCCCAAAUUUGUUUUUUUGAGUCAAUCAUUGCCCUUUCCUCUUCUCCCUCCCUUUUUUACUUAAAGGCGCUUUUCUCUCUCUAUGAAUUUUCACCAACAAAUCCCUCACAUUUUCUUUUCACACUUGUCCAAAUUGGCCUGAUUUUAUUAGAUUUAAUAAAUUUAUAUGUAUUUUGUAAGUAAUUUAAUAGUUAAAAUUUAAAAAUUUUUAAUGAUUUUAUUAGAUUCAGAAUGUUUUAAGAAAUUUACAUUCCCCUACAUAUGGAAAUUACACUUGGCUCAAAUCUUUAAGAAACAUUUAUAUUGAUGCUGUUUUUCUAUUUUUUGGCCAAUUUUGUCAACAUGAGAAUUUUCUACAAGCAAUUUCUUUUCAAAUCAAG